UAUGUUAGGUACAAAACUACAUGAGACCCGCAAGGAGUACAGGGAGCAGCUUUGUAACGCCUCAGAACGCUCAGCAUGAUGCACCGCACCACUAUUUUUACACACUGCUAUUUUUCAGUCAUGACUAUUUUCAUUUUAGUCUGUUAGUUGAGGGCUCAGGGUCUUGCUUUGAUCAAACUUGUAUUAAAAAUAGUUUCUACAUUAAUUAUUUCAAGGUCCAGCUACAUAUAUUAUUCCACAUCCAAAUUUUAUCACUUGUUAAGAAAUACUACGAAGUGGUCAACUAAUAAUUUAUGCAAUACGUUUAUUUAUUUUACUACAGGAAGUUAUUAAAUGGUAUGGAUACAUAGAAAAGGAAAUCUCGAACCUUUGGCAUUCGGUCGUUAGGUCACGCAAUAUUGCGAUUGCCAAUGUAUUAUAUUCCUUACAUAAACACUAGUAUGCCUCCAUAAAUAUUUUUACAUAUCGAAGCAGUACAAUGGGAUUCGUGAGGACAGCAUGGAAAAUACGCCGGAUGUGUCGGCACUGGAGGCCACUUGCUUACAUAUUACUGGGGAUUUUAGGCUUUCAGGUGUUUUUUGCAUUCAAUUCUGGACCAAAUCUUUUAGAGGAAGAAAAAAUGAGACAGCUCAAGCAAUCACGAAUCGAUCGACGCAAUGCGAUGGCACAUGAUAUGUUAAAAGGAGAGAAAUCAAUAUUGGCUCGUAACCAUAAUGAGGAUGGCUUCAAUGCUCAUGACCCCAACAUCAGAGAACGAUUUAUAAGAGAUGCAAAGAAUAUUGAUGUAUUAGAAGAUUAUGUUGUUAAAAACUCUCUAAACAUGAAUAAGAAAAACAUUGGAGAAGAAUCAGAUUUAAAGUCAUCAUUCGAUAAGAGAACAGGAAAAGUGUUUUACGAGAAACCGUAUAAACCAAGUUGUGAUGUUACUCAUAAGGAUGCAUUAUCCGCCAUAUCCAGGGCUAAGACGAACGCUUGUAAACAGGAAAUUGCUGAUACUGCGUGUAUGUCUCAGAAUAAUACUCUUUUUCCAGAAUCAAUGCCAAGGUACUGUCCACAUCCUGGAAAGUAUACUGCACAAGCUCCAAUUCCUCAGUCUUACGAUGAAUCUUUAAAACCUGUCAGAAUUUGUUACAUGCUUGUUGUUCAUGGUCGGGCCAUUCGACAAUUUAAACGUCUCUUCAAACUUCUAUAUCACAAAGAUCAUUUUUAUUAUAUUCACGUCGAUAAGAGAUCUGAUUUUCUUCACAGGGAAAUUUUACAAAUUGCAACAAAGUAUUCCAACGUUCAAGUAGCUCCAUGGAGAAUGGCGACAAUCUGGGGUGGAUCAAGUCUUCUUCAAAUGUUAUUGAGAGCAAUGAAAGAUGUCGUGAGUUUAUGGUCCAAAUGGGAUUUCUUUGUGAACUUGAGUGCCCUGGACUUUCCUGUUGAAACCCACGAUAAAUUUGUCAGUUUUAUGACAAAGUACAGAGAUAAAAAUUUCAUGAAGUCGCAUGGAAGAGAUGAUGAAAAAUUUAUAAGAAAACAGGGUCUCAACAGAGUAUUUGUAGAAUGUGAGACACAUAUGUGGAGGUUGGGAGAAAGGGAAUUGCCAAAAGGAAUCACAUUAAAUGGUGGAAGCGACUGGGUUGCUUUAAACAGAGAAUAUUGUGACUACGUUAUUAAUGGAAACGAUCAACUCCUGACAGAUUUGAAACACUGGUACAAAUAUACACUCCUGCCUGCGGAAUCUUUUUUUCACACACUUGCACAAAACAGUGACAAAUGCGAGUCAUUCGUUGAUAAUAAUUUGAGAGUAACAAAUUGGAACAGAGCUCGAGGUUGCAAGUGUCAAUACAAGCAUAUCGUAGACUGGUGUGGAUGUUCUCCAAACGAUUUCUUUCCACAAGAUCUCACAAGACUACAAACAUCAAGACCUGUGUUUUUUGCCAGAAAAUUUGAGGAAAGCAUAAAUCAGGAAGUGGUCAAUCAUCUGGAUUUCAAAUUAUACGGAGAAUAUCCAUCGGGUUCACCGUCAAUACGAUCUUACUGGGAAAACGUUUAUGAUUAUCUCGAUGAAACGUUAUCAAGUGAUUCUCUAUUGACUCAUUAUCACUCGUUCGCGAGGCUUGGAUUAUCGAAGAUUAACCCCGUUCUAACUGAUGAUACUCCAAAUACUGAGUGUUUCUUGAGACUUACUCAACUUAAAACGGUUGAAAUGUAUCGAUAUCAAGAAGAGUUCAAAGGCUAUGUUGUAACAUUUGAUGCACGUUGGAUGCAGGAAGAUAAAAAACAUCCAAGAUCUCAAUCUAGGCAACCAAGUAGUGUAACAUUGCAAACAUUAGUUCCUAGAAAACAACCAUUAGAAAUUCUCGAUAGUGGUUCUACUCUAGCUUCUCGUUUAGAGUGGGCUGCUAUCGGUACAAAUUGGGAUGUGAAAGAACUUGUUCUGAGGGAUUGGGGUGGAAUUAUCGGUCCACUGAGCGAACCACGAUUGGUUGCAAAGUGGUCGAAUUCUAAAGAAGAUUUUAUAGUCACUGUAGUUCUCAUAGACCCACUGAAUGUUGUAGCAGAUUAUAACGAUUUCAGAACGCCAGCAAAAACGGCAGGUGUCACAGACACUCCAUUAAAUCUUCAAAAGCCAUUGCGUCCUGGUAAAUGGAAAGUACGCUUUUAUGCACAGCGACAAUUUCAAAAAGCAGCUGCGGAACUGUCAUUUAUUGUUGCUCCGCUCCGAUAUCGCGAUGGAGCUGUAAACGAUGUAAGUCUUGUUACCGAUAAUAGAGGUGUCACUAACGAUGACGAACUCAAUUCCGCUAGGCGUAAUCUAUACUCGAUUCGUACUACUUUGAAUUUACGACGCGACUACGGCGCAGAAGCUUCUCUCGAAGAGCGUGCGGCCUAUGUCGGUGAAGAUCUCGAGUCGUGGAUUGAUGAAGUAGUAGCGGAUGCCUGGACGGCAGACAGUAUUUGCCUCGCUUCAUCAGAUGGAAGUGCAUGGUCCAUGGCUCUUCCAAGGGAAACCAACUGCUACACAAAACAUAGACUUUCGCCAAAAUUGUGCAAAAAUGUUGCAUGGUCGUCUUUAUAUCCUGAUCCAAAGUCUGAGUUGACGAACAUAAAAUCUAAUGGCAGAAUUAGAUGACAGGGUAGCAUGUUUAGUUAGGUAUUUUAUAAUCUUAAUAUUGCGUCUAAUAUGAUUUUCUUUUGUGCAGUAAUCAUGAAUAAUAUAUAUAUAUAUAUAUGGUAUUGUAGUAAUGAGAUUUUUUCACUUUUGUUAAAAUCGGAAUCUUUUUCAUUCAAUUGAAGCAUUUUGAUAUACUAAAAAUCAUUUGUGAAAUUUGUCAACUCGAAAACUUUUUUUAAUAAAUAUUUUUUUUUGUUUUUAUAUAUUGACAAUCAAAACAGGAAUGUCCUUAAACAAGUUGUUUUAUAGAGUUCUUGUGUCCAAUUCUAUCCAACUAAUUCAAAUUCAUUGUGAUGCAAAACCAUAAGCUUGCUUCUGAAAAAAAACUGCCCAUAUAAUUUAUUUGUUGCAACAUUUCCUGAGAAACCGUUUCAAAAUUUUCCAUGUAUUGAAGCGUAAGAUUACUGUUUUUUUGUAGUAAAAUAAUAGUUUUGCAAGUUAUCCUAUUCUGUAAUGAUCUCAUAUCACUUUCACAUGGCAUAUACCUUGGUUUGUUGCAUCUUGUAAUUUUUUUUUGUAAUAAUUUGGAACGGGAUAAAUUUUUAUUAUUAACUUUUAUUUGAAUGGCAAAAAGUUUUGUUUCAGUAUUCUAAGGGUAUAACAUUUAUAUAUUAUUUUUUUUAUCAAUUUUUUGUCGCACUCUAACAUGCAAGGGUCUGAGGUCUCAUUGAGCAAAUAUAGGAAGUAUAAUGUGUUAUAUGCUGGUGUCCAUGGUUUCAGAUUCAUCCAUUUCCAAUAAUCCAUAAUCUUCGAUUUUCUCUUCCCUGUACCAGAUCUGUUAAGAUGGAGGAAAUCUAUAUCUGAUUGCACAGCAUACAAAUAUCCAGCCCAUGACUUCAGAUUAAAUGAAGUUUUGAAUCCAGCUUGCAUGUCGAGAUAGCAAAGUUGGACUAUGAAAACUUUGACAUUGACAAACUGUAUUGUUUUGAAAUUCGAAACCCAGUGCAGACAUUCCCUCACAAAAAGGUUCAAAAACUACUAAGAAAUUUUACAAUAAAAUACAAAACAUACCCCUUAAAUCAACAAAAACAGCGGACUCUGACUGCUGAAGCCAACUUUUUUUGAUAGAAUAUACGAAGUACCGUAAUAGAACUUAAUGAAAUGACGCAAUUAUUAAUUUAAAUAUAUUUAAGCAGUAUUAUAAAUUUCAAGACACUUUUUCAUUAAUGAUAUUGCAGAUUUGAAAAAUGUUUUUCAAUUAUUUGUAGUUAUUGACAAACAAGUAUCUGAUAAUUCCUGAUUUUUCUUUAUUGACAACUACUUUCUCAUAUGUGUUGACUUUGUUGUUAUCGGGGAUGUCCAAAACGCACCAAGUAUUCAAAUAUUUUGAAAUUGGUUGUUUUCAAUACAGUAAAUUCCUAAUUUUAGGAAUAUAUUAGAAUAUUAUCAAUUUAAAAUCUGUUAAGAAUCUAAAUAUCUGAUUUGUCUGUCUUCUAGUUAUUAACGCGGUAUCAAUGUGUUUUAUAUCUGUGUUCUCAGGUUUGAUAUUUUCUGUGUCUCAAAAUAGUUCCUAUAUUGCUGGUAUAUAUUCAAGUUUCCGCAUAAAACUGAUGAAUAUGAGGUAACAUACGCCUUGGAAAAAUCAACAUUGUUCGUGAUAUAGCAAGCAAUGCUCCCAAAUUCCAGUUCUUGCUAACAUAAGAAGUUUAAAUGAAUUAGAAUGAGUGAGCAAAGAAAUCCUUGAUUUCAAGUAAUUUGAAUAUGAAAAACUACUGUCAUUUUUAUUGUUGAAUAAUUUCAUAUGCUUUAUUUAAUGUGCAAUUCAUUAUUAUUUGUCCCAUUUCAUUGAUUAUGCCAGUGGUGUGCAACCUGCAGCCCGUGGGAAAAAUUGUGCGGCCCAAGGAGAAGUGCUAAUAUUGGUGUGCGGUGAAAUGAUUUAUACAAUGAAUACUUGGUGUUCAUGGGCGUACAUCCAAAUUCUCAAUGAAAUUCACAAAACACGAAGCAACUGUUGUAUUUUCACUAGUAAAUUAAAUAUUAUGUAUGUAUGUAACUAACCAACCCUGGAAACUAAAAAGCCUAUUGGUCUGGAAACAUUGUAAAACACAGUUACCUCAAUCAAUAGAAAGUGGACAUAUUCUUUGGUUUUAUUACAUUGCCGUUUACCAUCCAGGCUAAAAGUUUUUCAAAUACCUAAUUAUUUUUAUCCCAGCUUACAACAUGCCAAAGACAGAAAAUUUAAAGUUUGUCAAAUUGAAUGAAUGUGAAGGGAUUUUAUCCAUUCGUCAGAACAAAUUUGUUGCAUUUUGAUAGUUGUGUCUGAUUUUUUAUUAUUAUUUUAUUUACUUCAAUUUAUUAUAUCUUGAUCAUGUUCGCAAAGACUGUAGCAGUGUCUUGGUUACUUCAUCCACUACACAAGCAUGAUAUAUAUAUAUAUCGCUUCUCCUCUUCAACGUUUAAAUGCCGUUUUUCUUCAAACUGUAACAGUCUGUAUUUUCAAUUUUUCGAUCGUAAUUAUAUUGGAAAUUUACAGUGAAA